UCACAACCAUUUCUCACACAUAAGAUAACUCCUAUAAAUACAUAGAUAUCAAAUGAAACCUCUCACUUCAAAACAUUCAUCAUUCUUCUCGCACUUUAAUAUCUCAUAGCGAAUAUAUAUACAGUCAAAGAAUCCCUUGUUCAAUUAUAUUUCAAACUGAUUACUCUUGUGUAAGAAAAAAUGGGAAACUGUUGCAAAGCAGCAUCUUCAAUGGAGUGGGGUGGAGAGGAUUGGGAAUCUUUGAAGGUGUUUGACGAAGCUUCUCAUCUUGAUCAUCGUCAGAAGAAGGAGAAUGAUAUGUUAGAAAAGCUUAGAGAUUCUUGUGAUGUAAAUGGGAGAGUGACGUUGAAGAUUUCGAAGAGCGAGCUAGCUGAAUUAUUAGGAGCUAUACAACAGAAUAAUAAUAACAACCAUCAACAGGCUCAGCAUCAUAUAAAGAAUAUGACGAAGAAGAAGAAGGAGUUAGGUUCUGCAGAACAAGUUCUUUAUCGGUUAAUUAAAGCUAAAGAUCAAGAAAUUGUAAAUAAGAAUCACUGCAAUACUCAGUGGAAACCGAUGCUAGAGUCCAUUUCUGAAAGUUAAUUAGUACUAGUUACUAAGGUUAAUUAGUUUUCAUAUGGUUGGUCUGGUUAGGGGUCGUCUAAAUGUGUAUGAUCUUUUUCCUUUUCUUUUGUAAAGUUUAUCUAAUUCAUCCAAAUAAAAUAAUUUAGGACUUGUUUGAAUCUCA